AUGGAAAAAUCUAAGCUUUUUUGGCUACUCCUCUCAAUUUUAUACUUUGCAAGCACAGCAAAUUCUGCUGGAACCACUAGGGCAAGUCCUAGUGCUGCAAAUUUCAUCAAGGCUUCAUGCACAGCCACGACAUACCCUGCCUUAUGCGUCCAAUCUCUCUCCCUUUACGCCACUUCCAUUAACCAAAGUCCACGCCAAUUAAUUCAGACAGCCUUGUCCGUCAGCCUAGACAAGGCUCAGGCCACCAAGACAUUUGUCUACAAGUUAACAAAGUUCAAGGCACUUAAACCUAGAGAAAAGGCAGCUAUUAAGGAUUGCCUUGAAGAGAUCGAUGAUACUGUGGACAGGCUUGUGAAAUCAGUGAAGGAGUUGAAGAGCGUGGGGUCAUCUAAGGGUCAGGAUUAUCAAUGGCAUAUUAGCAAUGUUCAGACUUGGAUCAGUGCUGCAUUGACUGAUGAGACUACUUGCGUUGAUGGGUUUGCUGGGAAGGUUUUGAAUGGAAGGAUAAAGAAUUCGAUUGGUACAAGGUUUGUUCAUGUCGAAAGGGUUACUAGUAAUGCACUUGCUUUGAUUAACAAGUUUGGCUCUAAGCCCUAA